AUGGAUUCCUCAUUGCAUCAAGUCUGGCAAGCUGCUGCUGGCAGUCCAUUCCUCCCUGCUGUUGGCAAGGAAAGCCAAUUCAUCAUCGCAUUUGUUCUUCUCACACUGAGUCUGGCAAUUACUGGUGUCUUUGCACUAAAUCGUUCAUUGGUCAGCGUCAUUGCACUUGGAGUGCCAGCUUCUCUAGCAAUUGCCUUUGGAACCGUUUAUAUGUUCUGUGCGGUCGGAGUUUAUGUCUGA